ACUUAUUGACCCGCUGAGCCUCGUCCCUCUCGGACUAGUAUCGCCCCGGCGGACAGUUGCGGUGGUCUUCUGCCUCGGAGAUUUAAUUCAUUCUCAGGACUCGUAACGCGCAGAUAAACUCCGGGAUGCCUUCAAAUGUACAAGGGGGGAAAGCCUUCGGACUGUUAAAGGAGCAGCAAAGGUCCAAAUUGGAAGAAAUAAACAAGGAAUACCUGGAAGACCAGAAAUACAGGGAUGAAGAGGACCUGCCCCAAAAACUGGAGGGGCUCAAAAAUAAAUACUCGGAGUUUGACCUGAACGACCAAGGAGAGAUCGAUAUGAUGGGUCUGAAGCGCAUGAUGGAGAAGCUGGGGGUUCCCAAGACGCACUUGGAGUUGAAAAAGAUGAUCGUGGAGGUGACCGGAGGCGGCAGCAGCAACACGAUCGACUACAGGGACUUUGUGAAGAUGAUGCUGGGCAAGCGCUCGGCCGUGCUCAAACUAGUUUUGGUCUUUGAGGACAAAGCCAAUGGCGCCACCUGCAAACCAGACGGGCCCCCCCCGAAGCGGGACAUCUCCAGCCUGCCUUAACGGACGGACACCUGCCGCGGAGGGACCGGCGGCGCGAAGUCGACUCGUUCGCUCAACAUGCGUGUUGUGUACGUGUGGGACCAGUUGUUCGAGGAUGUUGUGUCGUCGUGAGUGUGUGUGUGUGUGUGUGUGUGUGUGUGGUGUGCGCAAGCUGUUGUGUCAUUUGAAAGUCCCACUAAGCGACUGAUUGGGAAUAUUAACAUUCAUCCUUUUUUUUCCCUUUUUUUUUAAAUUGAGAUGUAGCAUUAGCAGUUGUACUUGUACCGGUUAUUUCAUGGAUGCUUUUAAGGGAAGACUCCAGGCUGCAGAAGUGUGCUUUUCCUCCCGUGUUUUACCACAACGCAGUGAGAGAAGAACGCUUUCGGGGAAGAAAAAGCGGCACCACAUUUUUUUGCACUGUCCCCAGUUGUCUCGUAAUCUGAACAGAUGACCGACCGGGUUUCCUUUUUUUUGGGUCGUGGGGCUGGAACGCUGAUCUGGAAUCAGUACCUCGGUAGCCGCGGUCACUCGGCGAUCUCAUCAUAUUUUUGUAGACGACUGUAGCGCGAAGCGUUGUCAACGUUCCUCUUGUCAGUGACCAUGUCGACCGUUUUGUGGAUCUGCGAGGUUAAGCACACGCUCGUGCUGGAGGGAGUGUGAUUUACAGGCGCGCACACGUGUAACAAAUGUACAUAAUAAACUUCACACAGUACAAUCAUAUUCUUUCCAAGUGCCUCGACAUGCAGAUGCUGUGGAGCUUAAACCCACCGCUCGAGCGAGGAGGGAGUGCACAUACGUGUUCAGUUCCAGCAGUCCUCUUAGUUUACUAAUCCCAGGAAGAAAUGGAUGGAAAUGAUGUUAUUUGGUGAUGUAGUUUGGAUUCUAUUGGUAUAGUGUUUCCACGGCAUUUUGAGUGAGUGAGGUGGUCUUUUCUUUUCCUUUUAUGUUAACAUUAUUUAAGCAACAUUUUUGUUAGAUUACCUUAUUUCAUACACGUGUUUAUCAUUUUUUGUCAUUUCUUUCCCCCCCCCCCCCCCCCCCUCCCCCUUUUGUUGAACCGCGUUCAUUGUCCUGUGAAUUCUGUUAUUUGUGCCUCAGUGUUGCUGUAACUCACGCUACUUACUGUGAAUUUGCUACUUGUAGUGUUUUUAAUCCACAUAACGUAUUUUUAAACUAUUACUUGUCUUCAGUCUGAUGGGUGUAUUACAUCUUUUAAUGUUGUUGAGAUGCACAUUGUUUGCAGACACCAAAGGAAUUAAAAUUAUUCUUACACUGGC